GUUCCCCCAGUAGCGGGCAGAGGUAAGGGCAUUUUUUAUGAGCUACCAAGUCUUAUUUGUCUGUCCAGGUGUAAAUUCACCUUAUUGCAGUUUCCCCGUAUGCAUCCGUGGUACCUACACCUUGCUGACUAUUCGAGAUUGUCUUUGACGUGGCAGAAUCCAAGACUGGGGCCAUGGACCUGUGCCUGACCAUCAAGGGGGUAUCCUUCCUGCUCCAGGCAGGGCUGGGCAUCUUGGGUAACCUCGUCGUGCUGCUGGCAUACAUCCACAUUGUGCUUGCAGAAGGCCGCCUUCAACCAGUGGACCUGAUUAUGGGCCACCUGGCCUUUGCCAACUUGAUGCUCCUGCUUACUCGCUGCGUCCCCCAGACCAUGACGGUCUUCGGCCUGCACAACCUGCUGGAUGACCCGGGCUGCAAGGUGGUGAUUUAUAUCUACCGCAUCACGCGCGCCCUCUCCGUGUGCGUCACCUGCAUGCUGAGUGCCUUCCAGGCUGCCACCAUCGCCCCGAACAGCCCACGCUGGUCCGCCCUCAAGACCCGGCUGCCCCGGCUCAUCCUGCCUGUCUCGGUGGGGCUGUGGCUCCUUAACAUGAUCGUGUGCAUUGCGGCACCAUUCUUCUCCAUCGCCCCGCGCAACGGCACCGCGCCGCCCUUCACGCUCAACCUGGGCUUCUGCCACGUCAACUUCCGUGACAACCUGUCAUACGUGGUCAAUGGUGUGGCCAUCUCCGUCCGCGACUUCCUCUUCGUGGGCCUCAUGCUCUGCUCCAGCGGCUACAUCCUUCUCCUCCUGCACCGCCACAGUCGGCAGGUGCGGAGCAUCCGUAGCUCCAGCCGACGCACCCAGGGAGACACGGCGGAGACACGGGCGGCCAAGACUGUGGUGUCCCUGGUCACGCUCUACGCCAUCUUCUUCGGCAUCGACAACGUGAUCUGGCUCUACAUGCUGAGUGUGCCGCAGGUGCCCGCUGUCAUCGCCGACAUGAGGGUCUUCUUCUCCUCCUGCUAUGCCUCCUUCAGCCCCCUGCUCAUCAUCAACUCCACCAAGAAGAUCAAAGCCAAGCUGGUAUGCACCGCGGCCGAAGAGGAUCAGUCGUCAGAGGCCUCUAGCAACAAGAACACAACUUGACUGCUGUUCGGAACUACUCUUAGCUGGAGACCUUUUCUCAACCCUUCUAACAUACGUAAAAUUUCAUCCAUUGACAGGGACCUAUUAGGAAAUGGAUUCUGGGAGCACAACCCAACAAAAUAUGUUCAAGCCAUCCAUCUUCCAAUUGCUUACCAGUACAGACUAACACUGAGCA